CGAGUAUGGAGACUUCAUAUACAGAUGUAGCGCCGCAGAAUUCCAGAAAGCUCUCAGAGAUCCAUGCCUUCUGCUGACUGUGGAGCGCCAGGCCGCUGUAAUGACCUCCUCUGAGGCCACCAGAGAGAUCCAGAGUAAAGCACGUAAAUGCAUGAAGGAUCUGAGUAAAUGCCUCAACAGUGCCCUCACUGCGGACCUGACCAGGCUUCUACAGGAGGAACAGGAGACGGAUGUGAUCAUAUGUGGGAGCUCAGGUUUUCAGAUCAAGGCCCAUAAGGCCGUGCUGCUUGCUCGAGCUCCUCACCUCCUGCAGGGAGCCGCACCGAAUGCUUCUACCAUCCACCUGCAGGGAACAGAUUCUACAGCACUCAAAGAGCUCAUCCGGAGAUUGUACACAGAAGAUAAAUGUCUUGGGAAGGUAAAAACCGCUUCUGCUGGACUGCAGGGCCCUUCAGUACUAACAAACGGUGAUGUGAUGGAAGGUACAGAGCCUCAUCCCAGCUCAGAUCCUGCCAUGGUGCGUUUGGAGCCAGCUUCGGGGCUUGGUGCCGAUCUUUUGGCACUGUAUGAACGUAGUGAAGCCUGUGACAUCAGCAUCCAGGUGGGAGACCGAAUCUUCUCGGCUCACAGGGCUAUUCUCUGUGCCCGUUCUCAGUACUUCAGAGCGAUGCUUUGUGGUAGUUGGAUGGAAAGUUCACGCCAGUGCAUCACUUUACAUGGUCUGGGCCCUGAUGAGAUGGAGAUUCUUCUGCACUUCAUGUAUGGAGCCAUAGUGGACCUUCCUCCAGGAACCAACGUCAGUCAGGUGGUGUUGGCGGCAGACAUGCUGGGUCUGGAGGGACUGAAGGACGUGGCUGAAAUGGUUCUAACCAGGGACUACUGCAGAUUCUUCCCAAAGCCUGUGGAGGGAGUGCAGAAGAGCAUACUCGAGUGCCUGGCCAUCAGCCAUUCAAUCAGCCUUCAAAAUCUGUACCAACAAUGUGUCAGAUGGAUAGCUGAACAUUUUGUCAAGUGCUGGUCGGAGAGGAGCUUUGCCAUCCUUCCUCAGGAGCUACAGAGGGACUGCCUCGACGCCGUCACCAAAAACAUGACGGUGCAGGCGGUGGUCUCUGUCCUGUGUGACAGUGAGCAGCUGAUUGGCUCUUUGCCUGAAGUUAAAUGGGCAAAGCAGGUUGUGUGUUUGGCCACUGAGCUGCAAGAGCAGUGCUUACACACCAUCGUCACACACCUGCCCCGAGUCAUACACACCGCUGCCUUUCACAGCCUCCGCAGGAGGGAGGAGUUUACACGUGACCCCACCCUGCUCAGGAAGGUGUGUGCUGCAGUGAGGGAAGGAGUUACUGUGGAGAACUGCUGCGAACUUUUUACAGCCGUGGACCAGCUGAGCGGCCUACCGGACUCUGACAUACUGACGGCAGAUUCAGCCAAUCAGGACCAGGAGCUGGUGGAGCCGUUCAGGCGUGAGGUGUGUUCUCUACGUGCUCGGCUCUGGACCUUCCUGCUUCAGUCUUUCUUUGCAGUACGACACACUCGAGGAUGGGAGACGCUGCCACACAGACACCGGGAACGCAUCCUUGCAGCUACUCUCGAUACUGGAGACUGUAAACGACUCAGUAAGAAGCCAGUUCUCACCAGCUCUCAGAAGUUUUCAAAAUGUACUUCUGGUUCAUCUUCUCCUUGUGAGAGUCCUCCAACCUUUCGUCCCCUGAAGGCCCCCAGGGGCCAGCGUCCUUCUUCUGAAAACACAAGACCGGCAACAGGUGCCAUGAAGUCCGAUAGUCUCGGUACGUCCACGACCACGAAAACCAAAACAGGCACCAGUGACUCAAGCCGGACUAAGACCAGCAGCCCGGCAAAAAGGAAAACACCCUCCGCCGCUAAACCCAUCACCAAUGGCAGCGUCAUCCCCCCGGCCAGGCGGGAGAACUCCACUGCUAAUGGUACAACAAGCAAAUCAGUCCAGGAAAAGAGGCUGACGCAGAGUGCCAGGCCCAAAUCCUUUCCCGCUGUGGCGACUGGGGCAGCAAAUUCAGCCAAACCAAGCAAGACUGUAAAAGCAUCAGGGAAGGACUCGACUCAGGGCUCUACCUCCGACAGCGCCGAAAAUGCACACUGUCCACGGACCACACCCUCAACAUCAGGCACCGUCUCACCCGAGAGCAGCGGGAACAGUCCACGGAACCACAGCAGCCAAGCUCUUAGGCCAAAACCUCAAGCCAAGGCAACAACAAGACCUCCUCUGACCAAAACUGCCCAGAAAUCAGAAACAGACAAGACUUGCAGCCCCAUUAAUAAACCAAACAGGCCCAAGAGCACAGUGAGCAGCAGAACUGGAGUCAGUGGUCCAGCGUCAGUGCGUACAGAAACGAAGAGCAAAAUUACUGCUACCGGUGCUUCAGAGAAUCAAAUUUCAUCACGACCUGGCUCUGCGCUGACCUCCAGAAAACCUACCUCUCUCCAGAAAGAGGAUGAAAAAGAUGGAUCCAAACCUUCAGCCACUAAAAAACUAACAAAACCUAGCACAGACUCUAAACCUACCCCUAAACCAGCAAAACCUGUAAUAUCUUCCUCAAAAGCAUCCCCAGGUACAGCCAGUAAGACUGGUCUGAGGCAGAAAACCCCAGAAUCACUGGUGGCAAAAUCAGUCAAGUCUGUGACACUACCCAAACAUUCUCCUGCUGCCUCCAAAAAGCUAACUGCUGCAGAGAAGAACUCAGCAUCUAAUCCUACACAAUCAGGCAACAAAGUGGCUCCCCAGCAGCCCAAAGUAGCCACAGUGGAGAGUAAGGGUCAAGAGACUGGCCAAAAAGUAAAGGCAACUCAUGAUGAGAAGUCCACAGCCUUAAUGUCAUCUCAAGAUUGUUUAAAUGGAGGCAAAUCGUCACCAAGAAAGCCUGGAUCAGUCCAGGAAUCUGUACCCAAGGCUGCUUCUGUGGCCUCUAAGGAGUCUCCUGCAGCCAAUCAAAGCACUCAUUCACCAGUUAAACCCAGUAGCACUAACAAGGAACCGACUACAGUACAGGAAGUCCAAAACACUGUAAACCCUUCUACUACUCAAGACACUGUUGUAAGUGAGGUUGCUGGGAGCAAAAUGACCCCUGGCAAUGGGUCAGACUUUCUUCCCGAAACACCUUGCAGCUUUGCAAGCGUGGAUACCCCACUUGAGGACUCGUGGAGUGUGAUUCACCCUCAAUUGAGCCCUGAAUCAGAGACAGCCAGUGCUACAACAUCUUCGGACGACAUCAAGCCACGCUCCGAAGAUUACGACGCGGGAGGCUCUCAGGAUGACGACUGUUGCUCUCAUGACCGUGGCGUGUCUAAAUGCGGGACGAUGCGAUGUCCAGAUUUCCUGGGCCGCAGCAGCAGUGACACCAGCACCCCUGAGGAGUUAAAAAUUUAUGAAGGUGGGAUGCGAGUGGAGGUACGGCUCAGAGGUCGCGAAGCUGAGACUACGAGUGAUGAAGAAGUGGUACUUCGGAGGCCACUGUCGUGGAUAAAGCGUGAUGAUGCACCUGUGAAAGAGGAGGCUUGUGGGUUGGAUAAUGCCGUGACCGACAUCUGCGCCCCAGAUCCCCAGCUUUUCUCUUCUGAGGAAGAAGAGGAAGAAGAAUCUGAAGAAGAACGGUCCGAAGUAGAGGUCCUUACCGGUGGGGUCGCGGCUUCUCAUGCAGAAACCUCACCACAGUUCCAGGGUAUUGUCAAUCCAGCAUUUGACGAUGGCGCAGACCAAGAUAACGAACACGAAUUCCAGCCUGCCUCUGGCUUCCGCCGGUCCGUGCUACUCUCGGUGGAUGAGUGUGAAGAGCUGGGAUCCGAAGAAGUCGCAAACUGUGACGUCUUUGAAAGUGAUGUGACAUCAAAACAAAACGCAAAUGCAAGCACAUUUAAGGACAAUGGUCAGAUAAAACAAACUGAAAGUGCUGUUUUCCUUACGGAGCUCCAUGAAUCGCCAGUCGAGGAAGUCCAAUUGCUUAAACAAUCAGAAGCUUCUCACAUAGACACUGAUAUAAAUGAGGCUCCUCCUCAGGAACGCCCGAGUCACCUAGACCUAAAGCUGGUCGAGCAGUAUAGCAGCUCUCAGUUUAAGCAAGCAGAAAGCAAGAGAGCAGAUUUACAGCUAGACUUACCUGAGCAGCAGGUGACCACGUGUUCACCUGCACAACCUCCCCAGUCCCCAGCAGGGGACAUUGAGGGUUGUGACAGAAUGGAUCAAAGCUCCACACAUGACCGGCGCUCAUCUAAAGUCCUGUCCCCCAUUUAUGAGAUGGAUGUCGGAGAGGCAUUCGAGAAAAGCUUGGACAAGAGCCAGAUCAACGGAGAACACCAGGACGUGUCUCAUGAGGAUGAGAAAAACACAGACAAGAAAGAUGAGGAGAAGGAAGACAUGGAUGAGAACAACGAGUUUGCCGAACGGGACUGGAGCUUGCUCAGACAAUUACUGUCUGACCAGGAGUCGAGUCUGGGUGUGAUAAACCCUGUCCCGGAGGAUCUUAACCUGGCUCAGUAUCUGAUCAAACAGACUCUGUCGCUGUCUCGAGACUGUGUAAAUGAACAGACCUUUAUUAAUCAUGAGAAAGAAAUUCAAGGUUUUAAACGUUGGGCUGAGCUAAUCUCUCCAAUGGAUGACUCCACCACCAGCAUCACUGUGACUAGCUUUUCUCCUGAGGACGCUGCCUCUCCUCAGGGAGAAUGGACCAUAGUGGAGCUGGAGACGCACCACUGACACACAAGGAUACAUGGCCUUUAGUCCAAGUUCUUUUGGGUUGUUACAUUUUCUUCUUUCUUCUAUGCUGACGUGAUGUUUUUACCACUUUUUUAAAGGUCUGCUAGUAACUAUUUUCAGCUGCAUAUUAAUUUAUUUUGCCUAAUGGCUUCUAAAGUACUCGUGUUAUAUAGGGGUGGACUGACAGAGGCUCAAUGCAGUUGAUUUGCAUGUGGACAUUUUUGUAUGUUACAUUGUUUACUUGGUGUCGCUUUGAUCUUUGUAAAAAAAAAAAAAGCAUUUUUGGUUACAGUUUCUGUGUUUAAAAAAUGGUUAAACUUUGAAUUUGAGAAGAGUGUUUAGAUCAAUGAGUAGUGAGUCUGGUCUGUUGGUUUACAUUCAUUGAUACGUAGUUGUACUUUAAACAAUAAAAUGUGUGUAAUUAUACAAUGUUGACUUUUCUUUAGUCAAGAGUGUUGUUAUGACUUUGAUGGCAGCAACAUGAAAUAGAAGAUCAGCUA